AUGAGUCUUGACCAUGAAAUACCCCGCGAGUUGGAAGACACAGACAGCUACGAGCUGCCCCAGGUACCCGGAAGCGGGCCGGAACCAGUGACCGACAGGCAGCCAGCCCUCCAAUGGAAGCCCUCAUCACGCACGGUGGAUGAGACCCUGGCGCAGGGGCUCUCCAAUGAGGAUCUGUGGAUGCUGAUUCGGCGGUUUAAUAAGCAAAUCUACCAUGUGAAAGCGGUGCCAGAUCCGCAGGGGAGGGAUAUUGAUCUCAAUCGUGCGGAUGAUGAACAGUUUCCACCUGAGAAGCUGCGCAUGACCGUUGAGAGGUUUUACACGUCUGUCGUUGUAGGGUUGACAGAAUUCUUUCGGCAUGUUGGGAGGUUGAGGUCUUGGAAGGAGCCUCUUCGGACUUCGAUAUUCUGUAGUGUCUAUUUCUCUUCAUGGCUUUUGGACCUUCUCAUCCCGGCCAUUUUGAGUCUUUUGGUGGCUCUGAUAAUGUUCCCGCCCGUCCGGACAUUGCUCUUCCCAAUGGCCCCGGCAAAAACAGUUUCAGAUGCUUCAAGUGUGAACAGCUCGGGUGAACAGCCCGAGUCUCAUGAUAGCCUCACUGGAGCCCCAGAGAAUCACAAGGGUGAAGCAGCCGAGCAGGAGGCGAAGCAUCUAGUAGACAGUGUUGCCGCCAUGGCCGUGGAAAGCGCCGCUGCCAGAUAUGGCCAAACAGUCGCCGAGGAUUCUUUUGAGGUGCCCGCUACACCAGAGCCUCUUUUGGCCAUUGAGGGCGCACCGGCUGGCCAGCCCGAGGACUCUCCCGAGGACAAGACGAAAAAACCCAUGAGGUCAAAGGCUGCAAAGGGUACCGACAAGGCGAUGCGUGUUGUCAGCGAUAUCACAGACGUUUACGAACAAUUCGCAAAUCUUUUCUCUCCUACUCCUCCAUUCUAUCUGGUCUCCUCUCGACUCCGUAUCUCUAGCAUUUUGACUGUGAUUUCCGUCGUGAUACCGUUUGCACCCAGCUACUGGAUUAUAAAGGGCAUCGGCUUCGCCAUUGGUCUUGGAUUCUUCGGUGACCCAAUAUUCGCCUACACGUUGGACAUGUUGAACCGCAAGAUUCCAAACUGGAAAGACCAGCUCGACAUGCAGAAAACAUUGCUAAAGGGCGUCCCAACAAACGCCCAGCUAACAUUAACCCUCCUCCGCAUUGGCGAAAUCAACUCCUCACCCCUCCCACCCCCACCAAGCGCCGAAGACAACGAACGAGCCUGGCCAAUCCGCAAAAAGUCCAAACCUGCUGUCACCCCCCUAUCCAGCGACAACGUAUCCCUCGACACAGCAUCCCAAGCAGGCUCACUCACCGACCCCCUUCCACCACCCAAACCCAAACGCCGCUGGGUUUUCAAACUCCUCAAAUUCGUCCGCCGUACCAUCGCAACCGCCAUCCGUGGCCACAUCGCCAUGGACCGUGCGAUGGCCAUCGCCGGCUCCGCACAUACCAAGAACCUGCUCAGCAUGCUCCAAAAACGAGGCUUCAUCUCUAAACCCUUCGGCCCGCUGAAAUUCGACGCGAAGUUCGAGCGGAAGCGUGGUGCCGCGGUUAUUGAUUCGUCGAAGGAGCCGCCUAUUCUGUACUUUACUACUUAUCAGUCUGCGGGUCUUGAUGAUCUCAGGAUUGAGAGUCGGAAGAAAGGGUCCGUGCUCUUUCAAAUUCCGGUAACCGAGAUUAAGGAGUUGAAGAAGACGGAGGGCCUUGGGUGGAAGGGCAAGUUGAUUGUUGAGUUGACGGCUGGCAGUAAGGAGGCUGCUGAUGGGUUAGUCGUUACAGGUGGUGAGGAAGGGCAGGCGUAUCAUUUGACGGGAAUGAGGUCGAGGAAUCAGCUGUUUAAUCGGUUGGUUGCUAUGGAUGCGCAGUUUUGGGAGAGUCGAUAG